AUGUAUUUUUUCCUAAGAAACCUCUCUGUAGUAGACAUUGGCUUCUCUUCCACCAUAGUGCCUAAACUCCUUGUUAUCACUGUGGCAUUGGAUAAAAGUGUUUCUCUGUUGGAAUGUGCUCUACAGAUGUACUUCCAUUCAGCCCUAGGAGGGACUGACAGUAUGCUACUGGCUGUUAUGGCCUAUGACAGGUUUGCAGCCAUCUGUAAGCCCCUACAAUACAACACAGUUAUGAAUAAGAGGUUCUGCGUUUGUAUGGCAGUUGGUUGCUGGACUGUGGGCUUUACUAAUGCCAUCAUCCAUGUUGUGCUUACAUUUAAGCUGCCUUUCUGCAGGUCCCACCAUCUUAACCAUUAUUUCUGUGAAGAGCCCCCUUUCUUCAAGCUCUCCUGCCAAGAUACCUGGCUGAAUAAGAUGGCAAUGUACAUUGCAACUGUUAUCAUUGGAAUUUGCUGCUUAUUCCUGACUCUUGUUUCCUACGCUCAAAUAAUCCGCACCAUUAUCAACAUCCCUUCCACUCACGGGAGGAGAAAAGCUUUCUCUACUUGUGCUUCCCAUCUGGCAGUCAUCUCUAUAUUCUAUGGACCCAUUUUGUUUAUUUAUUUAGGCCCUGACAUUUCCUACUUUACUGAGGCAAAUAAGUCUGUGUCUAUAAUUUAUACUGUAGUAACUCCAAUGCUAAACCCCAUUAUCUAUAGUAUAAGAAAUAAGCAAAUCAAAGACACCAUAAGAAAAAAACUGGCAAGUUGUUGCUUAAAAACGCCAGAGGAAUUUCCCUAG